GGCCGCUCCUAGCCCGAGGGAUCCUGGGACCUGGCCUUUCCGGAAGGACCCAGCUUGGCGUCCGAGGUUGUGGGUCCGUGUUCCAGAUCCACCCAGGCCCAGGCCCGAGUUCCAGGCCUUUGCUUCAGGAUCGGCCUGCGACGGCGGCCACGCCCGGGGGGACGGCGGAGGGCGCUGCAGGCCGCUCGCUGAGGUGCCCGGCGUCGCCGCCCGGGGAUCCGCGGAGCUGCAGUACGUGGCGGCGCCUCCUCCUUGGCCCCAAGCGGAACUGCUGGCGGAGCGGCGGCGCAGGCCGGGCGAGGUGAACCGGGUCACUUAACUGCCUGCAGGUGAUGAGUCACCCGCGUCCUUAGUGGGAUUUGAGAUCCGCAGACCUCUGCGCUCCGGCUCCCGGCUUCCGGGCUGCCGUUUGUGCAUGACUGGCUAGUGGGCUCGGAGCCGUGUGCGGGGGGCGCCGGGGCUGCUCGCCCCUCCAAAGAACUGAGCUCGCCAGCCCCGCGCGCAUCCUGUCUGCUGCCCCCUUGCAAGCCUUGAGCUCCAGACCUUGCAAACCUAGAAGACAUCUUUUGUGCCACCGGACGGCUUUCCCAUGAAAGUGUCCCUGGGUAACGGCGAAAUGGGCGUCUCCGCCCACUUGCAGCCUUGCAAAGCGGGAACCACACGCUUUUUUACCAGCAAUACUCACAGUUCGGUGGUCUUGCAGGGCUUUGAUCAGCUCAGACUGGAAGGACUGCUGUGUGACGUGACCCUGGUGCCCGGGGAUGGAGAUGAGAUCUUCCCUGUGCACAGAGCUAUGAUGGCGUCUGCUAGCGAUUACUUCAAGGCUAUGUUCACCGGGGGGAUGAAAGAACAAGACUUAAUGUGCAUUAAGCUUCACGGGGUGAACAAGGUUGGGCUAAAGAAAAUAAUUGACUUUAUUUAUACGGCGAAGCUUUCUCUUAAUAUGGAUAAUCUUCAGGACACGCUGGAAGCGGCCAGCUUCUUACAGAUCUUACCCGUUUUGGACUUUUGCAAAGUGUUUCUGAUUUCAGGGGUCUCUCUAGACAACUGUGUUGAGGUUGGACGGAUUGCUAACACCUACAAUCUUAUAGAAGUGGAUAAAUAUGUCAACAAUUUCAUCCUGAAGAAUUUCCCUGCAUUAUUGAGUACAGGGGAGUUUCUAAAGCUCCCUUUCGAGCGACUUGCCUUUGUGCUUUCCAGCAAUAGUCUUAAGCACUGUACUGAACUCGAGCUCUUCAAGGCUGCCUGUCGCUGGCUAAGACUGGAGGACCCUCGGAUGGACUAUGCUGCAAAACUAAUGAAGAAUAUUCGAUUUCCAUUGAUGACGCCACAGGACCUCAUCAAUUAUGUGCAGACAGUAGAUUUCAUGAGAACAGACAACACCUGUGUGAAUUUGCUUUUGGAAGCUAGCAACUACCAAAUGAUGCCGUAUAUGCAGCCAGUCAUGCAGUCGGACAGAACAGCAAUUCGAUCUGACUCAACACACUUGGUUACAUUAGGAGGAGUUUUGAGGCAACAGCUGGUUGUCAGCAAAGAAUUGCGAAUGUAUGAUGAAAGGGCACAAGAGUGGAGAUCUUUAGCCCCGAUGGAUGCCCCUCGUUACCAGCAUGGUAUUGCUGUUAUUGGAAACUUCCUUUAUGUAGUUGGUGGUCAAAGUAACUAUGACACUAAAGGAAAAACUGCCGUCGAUACCGUCUUCAGAUUUGACCCUCGCUAUAAUAAAUGGAUGCAAGUGGCAUCACUAAACGAAAAGCGCACAUUCUUCCACUUGAGUGCCCUCAAAGGACAUUUGUAUGCUGUUGGUGGGCGGAGUGCAGCUGGUGAACUGGCCACAGUAGAAUGUUACAACCCAAGGAUGAAUGAGUGGAGCUAUGUUGCAAAAAUGAGUGAGCCUCAUUAUGGCCAUGCUGGAACAGUUUAUGGAGGCUUAAUGUAUAUUUCAGGAGGAAUCACUCAUGACACUUUUCAAAAUGAGCUCAUGUGUUUUGACCCAGACACAGAUAAAUGGACGCAGAAGGCUCCAAUGACUACGGUCAGGGGUCUGCACUGCAUGUGCACAGUAGGAGACAAACUCUAUGUCAUUGGUGGCAAUCAUUUCCGAGGAACAAGUGAUUAUGAUGAUGUUCUAAGCUGUGAAUACUACUCACCAACCCUGGACCAGUGGACACCAAUUGCUGCUAUGUUAAGAGGUCAAAGUGAUGUUGGAGUUGCUGUCUUUGAAAAUAAAAUCUAUGUUGUAGGUGGGUAUUCUUGGAAUAAUCGUUGCAUGGUAGAAAUUGUCCAGAAAUAUGACCCGGACAAGGAUGAAUGGCAUAAAGUUUUUGACCUUCCUGAGUCACUUGGUGGCAUUCGAGCUUGUACUCUCACUGUUUUUCCACCUGAAGAAAACCCUGGGUCACCUUCUAGAGAAUCGCCUCUUUCAGCACCUUCAGAUCAUUCUUAAAACUGAGGUGUAAUGUAGUUGUAGUACAUCAUGGAUGGUUUCGUGAGUUGUAUCCUCUUAACAGUGACUGAUAACAGUUAUUAGAUAAAAAGAUAACUAGUGUUAUUUGUAUCAUUUGGCCUAAUGUGUUUGUUAAAUGAUAGACAAAUGCAUUCUGAAAAUGUAUAUUACGUAGUCAGCCGUUUUAACAGGAUGUAAAAUAGAUCUGUAGAACACAUUUGUUCCCAGUCUUUUGUGGUGUGUCAGUCAAAUUGUAGGUAAUUGUGCUAAAUGUCUAAUUAUGUUCAUUAUGCCUCAGAGUUGAAAGUUCAUCUUUUGACUGCAGUUCAUCAAAGGGUGGCUGCCUGCUUUAACCUAAAAGGAGUGAACAAAAGAUGGCUAAGUAUUACUAGCUACCUCCCUUCCCAUCCCUUCCCACCCCCCAGUUUUUGACAUAGCUACCAACUCAGAAUAUGUGAAGCAUCAUAGGCAAACAAGAGAAAGAGUUGCUAUUAAAAUGUUAGUUAAAAAACAUAUAUACACAUAAGUAGCCGUAAGUCAGGACUUAAUCUCUUUGAAAAAGGAAAGAGAAGAGGAUAAGAUACCCAUAUAGAUAUGUAUGCACUAAAUCUAUGCACUCGUGUAUGAUUUUCUUUCAUUGGUUAGCACUUAUAGUGAAUUUUGUUUUUUAAUUACUUUCUUCAUCCUAGCAGCUAUUUGUAUUCAAGUGGGAAUUCAGUAGCAGAGAAUAAAUGUCUAUGUAGUUAUACUGAAUUGAGAUAGAUAUGGGCUAAAGCAUAGUAAAUCAAUAACCAGAUUUGUCAUUUGCUUAAAUUGUUACUGCAGAUAAAACAUUACUUUUCCUGUAUAUAUUAUCUGAAAUUUUAUUUUUUGCAGGUUAUUUAACAGAGUUCAGGAGGAUUACAUUUAACUUCUGCCUUUUUUUUUUUUUUCCCUGCCUUUUUGUUCAGUGAAACUUAGUGGGGAAAAAAAAGUUAAGUGUACUGAACAAACUGGGUGGGGUUUUAAGUUCUGUCUCCCAUGAUUCUUUGAUUUGAGGCGGUUUUUCUGGUGCUGCUCUGCCUGUGUGCAUCCUGAGCUUUGUGUGGUCUGCCUCAAGGCUGUGAUCUGAACAAGCAGGAGAUAAGUGCUUCUGCAUCAAGUGAAAAAUGUUUUUUUGACUCUACCUAAAGCUGAGGACCAAUUUAAGAUUUCCCAAAAAGCAGUUCCAGAAAUCCUACACCACUGCCUAGAGAAUAGUAAUGUAAGGUCAUCAGGAUCAGCCUCUUUAACACCAACUAUGAAGAUGCCAACUUCUUGAGAAGCACAUGGGAAGAUCUUGAUGAGGCCUUGUCAGCAAAGGAAAUCAUAGGAGUGCUCUAUAGUGAGUGAUUAUAAAGAGGUACUUUCCUGGAAUAAUUGUCUACCUAGAGGAAACAAUUUAAAUAUAUAUAUAUAUAUAUAUAUAUAUAUAUGGUUAUACUGGAAAGAUAGUUAUAGUGUAAAUGAGAAACAACCUCUUUAAUGAUAAUCCCAUAAUAAAACUCAGGAACCAAGUGAAAAGGAAUUGGCGUCCAGGAAUCUGAAUCUUACUGCCCAUACAAGUGUUAAUUCAUUUUAAUGCUUUUCAUAAUUUCUAUAUUGGCAGGUAUUUUCAUACUUUCUAUGUUUUUUUUAUGACUUGGUUUUUUUAUUACUAAAAAUAACACAUUUGGAUACAUUUAGACAAUAGAAAAAGAAAUUACUGUUAACUUUGUGUAUCAAAUAAGCAUCCUAGUAACCUAUCCUUGAUUAUUAAUAAGGUUUAAUAAUUGUAGUUUUGAAUAGCUGUCUCCUUUUUGAUCAAAUGUGCAUGUCCUUUGACCUUAUAAUAACUAAUGGAGUUGUUUUGUUUUCAUAUCAAACUGUAGGAUCUCUUUAUAUAAUAAAUAAAUUUAAGUGA